UUGCCAUAGUGUGAGUGUUCAUCCUGUGGCCACGGGGUGGCGUCUCUGAGAACCUGACAGUAUUUGGAUGGAAACUCCCUUAAAAUUCUCACCUGGAGCCUCUUGUGGAUUCACAGAGAGGAGUGUCUGAAAGCAGAGGAGAGCACAGUCCGCUUGGACUGUUCAAGACUCAUUGCUCUCUAAAGAACAAGAGUUUUUUUUAAGAAAACUGGAAUAAUGUGGAAAUGCCUCACCUGAACCUUCCAGACCAGAUUCAUAUGGACUGUCCGAUGUAAAGGAUUUUACAGCGCCGAACAAGGAAACUGAGGGAUCCAGAAGUUACAGGCCGCACGAUGUCUUCUGGCAGUGACUCCGUGGGGGAUCUGAUUCCCUCAGAUAUGCUGCAGGUGUUCAGUGAGAAACGGCAGGGGGGCAGAGAUAAACGGGGCAGGAGACGGAUAGGAUCCUUCAGCCGUGCGUUCAGGUGGUUGAAGAGCCAGCGCAGGAAAUCCCGCCGACACGCUGCAGAGAUACGUGGAGACCUGCUCGCCACUGGAUCACCUGUAGAACUUCCACAAUCCACACUUAAAACAGGCCCCAAAGAGGAAGUUGUAGGUGCCGUUUCUCUUCAGAAGUUCCAAGAAAAUGUGUUUGUGGAGGGUGAUCGGCCUAAAUAUGUGUUAGACCUGCACACAGAGGCCCAGCAGGGCCUAAAACAGCAGCAAGAGGAUGAUAGGAAUGGGACGGACUACCCUGAUGACCAAAGUAUGAUUUCAACAGUAACAGCACAGACUGAAGAAAGCAUGGCCUUCAGUGAACUGAGAGGCUUUGAAUCUGAGAGCACAGCUGCUGAUUCUGUUUCGAUGUGCUCCUCCAUGUCUUCACGAUCAACACGUUCAGGACUCAAACGCCAAGCCUCAACAUUUAGACCUUUGAAGCCGGAUAAGACUGCUGAGAGGACUAAGUCUCGUAGAAAGCACUUGAGAACUGUUGUAGGAAUUCCUCGUCACAUCCAGAGAGAACUGGGUUUGGACAGGGCAGAAUGGAUCACCACCAAUCCUCUUAAUAGCCAGCUGUCUAAUGGAGACAUGAUAAUACCCACCAUAUUUUCCACUGUGGAUGGUGCUUCUGCUAAUGUACAAGACCAUCUACAGGGCAAAGAGAAUCUGCACACAGUUAAGAAAGACAGCACAGAGGUUCCCGCACUGGCUAUACCCAAAGAUGACAUAAUCCAAAGGUCCUUAAAUCAUUAUGUAGAUCCAGAAAAGUUCGGAGCAGGCUCUCUAUUGGUUCCUUGGACAGAGAACCCAACCGGUGCAGUCAUGUCUAUCUCACCUCAGGCCACAUACAUGUCUAAAAUUAUUCCAAAUGCUGUCCUUCCACCGUCUGUGGAUGUUGUGGAACUCAGUCGCAGCCGAAGUCGCAGCAGUGUCCGAACCGUCAGCAAGAGCAGCCUAGUGCCAGCCAGCCCAGCGUCCACCCGUCCAUCCUCUAGAGCCUCUUCAAAUUAUUCCUCCACCCGUCCAUCCUCCAGAACCUCUUCAAAUUAUUACUCAGCCCGCUCAAACUAUUCUGGAUGGAGCAGCUCAGGAUCAUCAGAGACACUAGUUUCUGAUUCCUCCACCAUCUCCAGCAGUAGCACUCCCCGUGUGGCCAGCAGGGGAAGUCAGGUUGAGAACCCGGCUAGACCAGUCAAGCUGAACAACCAUGGUUCCCAUGCUCCCUUUAAAACUACUCAUGGAAAUGGGGACUCUACAGAAGAGCAGGACAGCAGAAAAACAGGAUCUGCUGAUGCUUUCACACGUAACUUAUCAGUGAUUAAACGGAGCAAGAUACCUCCAGCUCCUCCCAGCAGGUCAUACUCCUUACACGGGAAGCAGACCAAGAGAUCUGAAAAUCCUUACUACUUGGCUGAUGUCAGCACUCCAGAUGGAUCACCACACCCCACUGUAAAAAAACCCACUCCAGUUGAGCUAAAGACAUACAGAAAUAAUCUUCAAAAGUCUUCCAUUGGCGCACCCCAUUCAUACACUAAUGGCACCAGUAAACUUACUGAACUGAAUAAUAUCUUUCUGUCUGCAAGCUUAAUUAAUGGUAACAAAUGUUCCCCUGCUGUAAUGGCUCUCCGGUCUUUGUUUGACAUUCCUAACCAUCCCAAAGUACUGGCUCCCCCAGCUCCUCCUCCAGAGACCUGGGCUCACAACCAGCUUACUUUCAAACUGCUGUGUGGGCCUGGCCCAGUUAACUAUGCACGCUGGGCUAAAAAGAGAGGUCUUAAAAUUGUGGAUGAACCAGACAUGACCUCAUCAAAUGGUGACGCAGCAUCAGUUUUACAGGCAGUGGAGCUAAAAGCCAAAGUUAAAUCCUUAGCACCAGUCGCCAGUAUCACCCCGUCUCCAUCACCUCCCCCAGAACAUUACCCACCAAUGCCAAACAUCAGCCAAGCCAAACCUCCUCUGCCCCCUCCAGACUUUGUUCCUUCAACUCCUACGCUUGUUGCCAAAGCUAUAAAGGACUUAACUUCUUGGAUCCCUCCACCUCCUCUGUUUCCACCUCCGGCGCUUCCAGUAGGCACAGCUUCUGAAACUCCUGUUGCUGUGCCAAAUGAUACCGACUUCCCUCCGCCACCCCCACCAUUUUCGCCACGGUCUUUACUUAUAAUGCCUCAAAUACCACCAGAUGUUCCACCGCCACCACCACAAGUUCCACCGCCACCACCACAAGAAGUUCCACCGCCACCACCACAAAUUCCACCUGCACCACCACAAGUUCCACCGCCACCACCAAAAGAAGUUCCACCGCCACCACCACAAGUUCCACCACCACCACCACAAGUUUCACCGCCACCACCACAAGUUCCACCGCCACCACCACAAAUUCCACCUGCACCACCACAAGUUCCACCGCCACCACCACAAGUUCCACCACUACCACAAGUUCCACCACCACCACAAGUUCCACCACCACCACAAGAAGUUCCACCACCACCACCACAAGAAGUUUCACCGCCACCACCACAAGAAAUUCCACCUCCACCAACACCACCUUCUGAACCACAGAAAAUCCCACCCCCUCUGCAAGAAUCCCAAUCUUCAAUACCCAAUGUGUUAGUAGCAUUAUUUCCAACUUCUCAACAAAUCAAUGCUAUUCCACCUCCUCCUCCACUACCCACUGAUGUAAGAUCUCAACAAGUCACUGUUCCUCUUCCUCCUCCAAUACCUACUGAUGUAAAAAUGGAGGACAGACUAGAGACAACAGAAACAGUGAAACAGACAGGCAGUCCCUCACCGACCAAAGAGGAGACCUCCAGUCCAGUGGUCACCCAGUCUCUCUUGCAGAUGGUUCGUCUAAGGUCGGUAAAGUCCAAUCAGAGCCAGGCUGUAGAUCUCGAUAAACCAUCACAGCCCAAACCAAAAUCGGGAGUCAACCAAGAGGUGCCACCAAAACCAAUUAGACGGUCUUUGAUUAUGACAUCACUGCCUCCUGAUGUGGAAGCUCUGUCCGGCACAGAGCCCAAAACUGAAUCUGUCAAAGUGCAAACAAACACAACCACUGUACCAAAUACUCAGGAAGAGUCAACUGCACUAAAGACUAAAUCAAAUAAUAUUGUUAAAAACCCCGAAAACACAAGUCCAACCACCGAGCCAAGUAACACUUCAGCUUCUACUGAACCAGCAACUAAACAACCCUGUUCUGAACCAGAACUCAAACCCCAAACACUUAAGGAAGAGAUCCAAGUUACAACACCUGUCCCUGCUACCCUGCCGAACACAAUGGAAAGAAAGGACCAAUCAAUAAGUGAGCCAAAGACUCAAUUUCAGGCGCAAGAACUCAACAAGCCUCUGCAAAAUCCAGAGAAGCAAUCAAGCACCGUUGAAAUACCCUCAAAGCUGGAGGGUGAGCAGCCCAAACCCCAAACACCAAUACCCACUGUCUCUUCCACGCCUCCUGUAGUCUCUUUGCCCUCUUCCAUGCGUCUCCAGGAUGCUAUACGUUUGAAGGCUGCCACUAUGUCUCCAAAAGACAAGCAAGCCAAGCUCUUUGGUCAGCGCUCCCCUCUCCCAGUCAUGGCUGGUGGUACCACUGUACCCAACUCCCCUGCAUCUACAGCCAGCUUCAUCUUCUCCAAGAGCCCAAAGAAGGUCGUAAUAGAGACACCGUCAUCCUUAGAGGUUCAGGCUGACCUGAGGAAGACUCUGGUAGCAGAGUUGGCAUCUGUUUCCGAUUCAGCCAAGUCUAAUGACUCACACAAAACUGCUAACAAAGUUCCUCCACCUAUUUCUAAGAAACCCAACACUAGGGUUGAGAGUGUUGUUCAGAACUCUGCAGAGGCAGAGUCUGUUGCCAAGACUGAGCGUGUGCAAACAGAAACUGUACAAACUGCCGGACAGGAAGUACAGACAGAGAACUAUGAGAGAAAAACAAAUUAACAAACACAUACACAAAGGAUUUAACUCUAGAGUUUUUGCUUUUUCACAGAUAAACAAGGCUUUAGACCUUAGGCUCGAACUGCUUAAGCAAUUUUUAAAUAUAAAUACUUAAAAAGUCUUUAUGUACAGAUAGGCAUAUUGCACUUUUUGUACACUGGUAUAGUGUAACUGAUUCUCAUUCAUGGGAAACAUGUCACUGGUAUUUGGAAAUGAUAAAUAUUCUUAUUUUUAUUUAUGUGUCCUAAGUUCUAGACAGAAGCCAUGCUAACUUCUAGGACUGUAGAAAACAGCAGGAAAGCACCAUGAGAAUGAUGUUUGUAAAACAGAGUUUACCACCUAUACUCUAUAGUGGAAUUUUAGUGUUAUUGGUGAAUAUAAUUGCAUUACAAAAGAAAUGAAGGUAAAGAAUGUAAGAUAAAGAAUGAAAAGAAGCAAAGCAAAAAAAGAAGAAUGGUAAGUAGGGAGCAUUGACCAUGGAUUUUGGGGUGGGGAUGUGUGAUUGCUCUUUUUUUCCCCAUCUAUGAUGUUUGCUGUGUACUUUUUAUAAGUCUAUAUUUUACUUUAAAAACACCAAAUCAAUAUAUGUGAUUUUUAUAAAAUUAGCCCUCCCUGCCCCAAUUAUCCAUAAAUAGGAAUGGAGACAAGGAAUCUGAUCAAGUGUACGAGAAACAGAAUGAUAGAAGCAAAUGAAUUGAGUAUAGCUGUUUUCUCAUCAUUGUGACUGUGCAAGUAGGGCUAAGCUGGUGGUCACCACAUAAACAAGAGGUCUAAGGUGUAAAUCUCUGUUUAGUGAUAUCUAUUGUUUAAUUUGUUUUUAUUUUCAAAGAGAAGUUCAUUAGUUUACUCUAAGUUGAUGUAUAUUACAGUCUACACAGACCGUGCAAAUAAAAGGAAAUUAAUGUUUUUAAUAUAUGAUUUUUUUUCAUGCACUUUGCUUACUUUUUGAUUUGCUGUUCCUUUGAUUUCAGCAAGCUUUAUCUCCUUAUUAUGUUCUCUAUAAAGGAGAAAAUAAAUGUCUUAUUUACACAUACAAAACAUAUUAUCAAAGAUGAUAAUGUUUAUUAAUGUUUAAUGAUGUUUCAUCACAUGGCAAGAUUAAAGACUGUAAAGUUACUAAAGUAGAUACAUGGUGACUUCAAAUCUGGCCAUGUUUUUAACAGAUUAUACUUUUUUAUUUAAUAUAUCAGGCACUGCAAUAUUACAUUAAAAAUCAUUCAAAUGAAAUAAUACAUUAUGAAUGUUUUACUAUCACAUGAAUUUUGAGAACUUUGUAGUAGUCUUUAAAACACAGGUCAAUAUCACAAAUGGUGUCACAGGCAACAGUAAAGAUGUCACACAAGAUUCAGGUGUAGACAAGUCAAGGUUUAGAUAUCAUUUUCCUGCUACUGUUUAAUAUUUAUAGAGCGAUUAAAAGGGGGAUACGAUGUUGAUUUAUGAACAUAAUAAUUCAGAAUAACACUGAACAGAAGGACAGAAGUAAAUAAAAAGCAUUUUACAUUCA